ACCCGACCUCCUCUCUCUCUCUCUCUCUAAAACGACAGACCGUACCACGUGAUCUUCUUUAUUCCACUGUUACUCUGCCUCACCAACCUCUCUCUCUCUUUCUCUCUCUGUUUUCACCAAACUCAGUUCUCAGUUCUCACUCACUCACUCUCUGUUUAAUCUUUUUCAAGGGAAAACCUUUUCCUUUUCCCGAGAAUAUCAAAUUUAAAGCUCAAACCUUUUCCAACUGUAAAGCAAUUUUUAAAGUUUUCAAUCUAUAAAUUAUAAUCACACUUUAAACUUUAAAAACUCUCACUUUAAAUAUGCGGAAUUUUGCUUAGCUCAAUUUUUAAAUUCCGAAACCCUAGCCUUUUUUUCCAAAUGCACGGCUACAGUAGACUCGGCUCUUCGGCGAGGACUUCCUCCUCGUCGUCGCCGCCGUCGUCUCCGCGGUUCCGGCACGGCCGUAACAAGCUCUCCGGAGGCUGCUCCGGCGGCCGGAGCCCGAAGCAGACGAGCGCGGUGGAGAGAGUGGUGUACGUGUUCGUGUCGGCGGUGUUCCGGAGGCGAGGCGUGCUGCUUUUCGCGCCGGUGCUGUACAUUUCGCUGAUGCUGCUGUACAUGGGGUCGGUGGGGUUUGAUGUGGUGAAUUUGAAGCACAGUGUGGUUGGAGUUGUUGUGCACAGGAGCAAGCAUCGGACGGCAAUGGCGCCCGGUUCGGUUUAUCGGAGCCCUCAGGUGUUUGAGAAGUUGUGGCCGUUAAUGGAGGCUGAGAGUAAUGGGAGUAGAGUCAAUGCGUUGAUGACGGCAUGGAAUUCAACUGGGCGUCAAGGUUGGAAGCCUUGUGUUGACAAGAGUAUUUCAACAACAGGUUUCUCAGAAUUGCCAAAGUCAAAUGGUUUCCUAAUUAUUGAAGCAAAUGGUGGGUUGAACCAACAGCGCUUAUCGAUAUGCGAUGCAGUUGCAGUGGCUGGAUUACUGAAUGCAACUCUUGUCAUUCCAAUUUUUCAUUUAAAUAGUGUUUGGCGAGAUUCCAGCAAGUUUGGGGACAUUUUUGAUGAAGAUUUCUUCAUAUAUGCACUCAAAAAUCAUGUUAAUGUGGUCAGAGAGAUCCCAGAAGAUAUACUUCAGCGGUUUGACAAUAAUAUAAGUAAGAUUGUGAAUUUGAGAGUAAAAGGUUGGUCAAGUCCAACCUACUAUCUUCAAAAGGUCCUACCGAAGCUGGUGCAAAUGGGGGCUGUACGCAUUGCACCCUUCUCAAAUAGGUUGGCCCAGGAAGUUCCUUCAAAUGUCCAAUGGCUUAGAUGCCUAGCCAAUUAUGAAGCACUUAGGUUUUCAGGACCUAUAAGAAGGCUUGCAGAGAACAUGGUUGAUCGGAUGGUUAAGAAUAGCUCCCAGAGUGGCGGUAAAUAUGUUUCAGUGCAUCUUCGAUUUGAGGAGGACAUGGUAGCAUUUUCAUGCUGUGAGUAUGAUGGUGGGGAGGAAGAGAAACAUGAAAUGGAUAUUGCACGUGAAAGAAGUUGGAGAGGAAAAUUCAGAAGAAGGGGUAGAGUAAUAAGGCCCGGUGCAAAUCGGGUAGAUGGAAAAUGCCCUUUAACUCCAUUGGAGGUUGGAAUGAUGCUUAGGGGCAUGGGUUUCGAUAAUAACACCUCAGUAUAUGUUGCAGCUGGAAAAAUCUAUAAAGCGGAAAAGUACAUGGCUCCGCUUAAACAGAUGUUUCCACGUUUAGAGACAAAAGAUACUUUAGCCACUCCUGAAGAACUUGCUCCAUUUAAGGGCCAUUCAUCUAGGUUGGCUGCUCUUGAUUAUACGGUGUGUCUUCACAGUGAAGUGUUUGUCACAACUCAGGGUGGAAAUUUCCCCCACUUCUUGAUGGGUCACAGGCGCUAUUUUUAUGGAGGACAUGCUAAGACAAUCAAACCUGAUAAGAGGAAACUAGCAUUAUUAUUUGAUAGGCCUGAUAUCAGGAAGAUCGCCAGUGUUUGGGUCGAAGAUUGGUGAUGGGUUUGGUGGAGAUCGGCAUGGGUCACGAAGAUCGGUGAUGGUUUUGUCACCCCCAGAAACGAACAAGACCAUGGGUUCGGCCAUGGCUGAGACGAGAGAGAGAAUCGAUCCGGCGGGUUCUGUGGUUUUUUUUUUUUUUGCUGUGACCGGUGCUUAAAGGAAGAUCGCUAGUCUUUGGGUCGGAGAUCUCUAGUGUUUGGGUUGGAGAUUGGUGAUGGGUUUGGUGGAGAUCGACGUGGGUCACGGAGAUCGGUGAUGGUUUUGUCACCCCCAGAAACGAACAAGACCAUGGGUUCGGCCAUGGCUAAGACGAGAGAGAGAAUCGAUUCGGCAGGUUCUGUGGGUUUUUUUUUUUUUUUUUUUUGCUGUGACCGGUGCUUAAAGGAAGAUCACCAAUGUUUGGGUCGGAGAUUGGUGAUGGGUUUGGUGGAGAUCGGCGUGGGUCACGGAGAUCGGUGAUGGUUUUGUCACCCCCAGAAACCAACAAGACCAUGGGUUCGGCCAUGGUUGAGAUGAGAGAGAGGAUUGAUCCGGCGGGAUCUGUGGUUUUUUUUUUUUUUU